CAUCAGACAAGCUUUCAAUGUCAUCACAGAGUCUUCUUCAUCUAGGAGAGCUGGAUUUACACCCACAACUCCAGACUGACUCCUUCACCUGAGUUCUGAUUGCACGCACCUGUUCAGAAUCUGCACCCUCAUCAAGACUGCUUCAAAAGCACACACCUCACUUCACUCCAGUGUCCAGUCUCGUUUGGACGAAGUGGACUCCUCGUGCUACUCCAGCAAAGGCCUUUGAGAGUCCAUGUAGGAAACAGUACUUUAGACCAAUGGGAAUUGUGCCUGCUCUCUGGAGGACUGCAGCACAUGGCUGGUGGUUGAAGUGUUGCUGAACAGGAAGUUGCUGAGUAGAAUUGAGAAAAUGUCAACAGACAUGAGGGUCUCUUAUCAGAGUCUAGUCUUGCUUUUUUUAGCAGGCUUCUGCUCACUCGAGAAAAUUCCAGUGCACACAUUCAUCAGCAGACCGAUCCCAGGAGCUCUGCAGAACGUCAGUAAGAAUGACACUGGGGUGAAGGAGGCCGUCCUGACUGGAACCUACUCCUUUAAUAACAAAUCCAACGAUGCUUUCCUGUUCAAAGCAUCAGCUGUUGAUGACGCAAAGAGACAGAUAGUCAAAGGCGUCCGCUAUGUUCUGGAAGUGGAGCUCUCACGGACCGUGUGCAGGAAGAGGUACAGCACUGAUGACCUCAACAACUGUCCCUUCCAGACAGACCGUCUGUUACAGCAGACAUUCUUCUGUCACUUUGACGUCUGGUCCGUUCCAUGGAUGAAGCCGAUUUCAACUACAUAUUUUAAAUGUCGUACAAAUGAUCUAUUCUGAAAUCUGUUUUUCACUUGAAAUGUCAUGCUAAUUUAAUGCCAAACUGAAUGUGAAAAUAAAGUAAGGCGCAGUGAUUGGA